AAGUGAAAGCGGAACUCUCAGCUUCCAUAUAAAGCCUGUCCCACCAGCAACGCCCAACACACAGCGCCAUGGACUCCCAGGAAAGCAGCGAAUGCAAUCCAGGAGACCUGAUUGAGAUGUUCCGUGAUGGCUUCCAGCACUGGGCACUCUACAUGGGAGAUGGCUACCUGGUCCAUCUGGCUGUUUUACGUGACUCACCAGAAGCGAGCGCCUCCAGAGAGGACUUAUUUCUGAGCAAGAAAGCAGUGGUGAAAAAGGUGCCGCUGGCUGAUGUGAAGAGAUCCACAUAUCGGGUGAACAACCAGUUGGACAAGGAGCUACAACCACUGCCUGUGGAGCAGAUUAUCAGUACUGCCGAGAGGAUGAUUGGAGAGAAGAUGGAGUUCGAUAUUAGCAGCAACAAUUGUGAGCAUUUUGUCACCAAACUGAGAUACGGUGUGCCCAGAUGCCUGCAGAUUGAAAAGGGUACGGUGGCACCAGAGUUGGCUGAAGCCUUAGCUGACGCUGCUGCUGCAGCAGCCCCUCUUGCUCAAUCUGCAAUGACGAACUCGUCCCACCCCAGUGACAGCCUGAAGAAGCCACAGGAUCCUGCCCUCGAAGCCGCUGACCAGCCAACACCCCCACCUCCCCUGCCUCCCUGACCCCGGCUCUCGGGCAGCCCCCAGUUCUGUCCCUCGCUCUCCCUCUCGCUGACCGAAGGAUGGAAUAAUUGCACCAAGACCUAGAAUGAAUAAAUGUAUCUGCCUUUCCCUUC